AUGAAUAUGGUACAGUCUGCGUACCUUGCUCUUAUUUGCCGCCAUUUUGGAUAAAAAGUCGGACUUGAAUCCCACGUUAGCCAAUCAUCAUGCAGUACGUGCGCGUGACAGACGAUGAGAAUGACGAGCCGAUCGAGCUCCCGUCAGAGGACGAUGGCACGAUGCUGCUGUCCACCAUCAUGGCGCAGUUUCCCGGCGCGUGCGGGCUGAAGUUCCGCAACCCCGAGACGCAGACGAUGCGCGGGAUCCGGCUGGUGGACGGGAUCCUGCACCCACCCGAGGGGGUCUGGGGAUCGCAUCUCUUCAUCGUCGUCUUCCCAAAAGACAACAAGAGAAAAAUAGACGAGAGUCCAGAGAACAACCUGGUGAAACGGCCGCGGGAAAAGCUGAAGUGCAGCGACCUGAUUGUGCUUGGGCUUCCCUGGAAAACCACAGAGCAGGAGCUGAGAGAGUACAUGGAGCAGUAUGGAGAGGUGCUCAUGGUUCAGAUUAAGAAGGACCCGAAGACGGGAAACUCCAAAGGGUUCGGGUUCGUACGGUUCGCAGAGUACGAGGUCCAGCUGAAGGUCAUGACCCAGCGUCACAUGAUUGACGGGCGCUGGUGCGACGUGAAGAUUCCGCAUUCCAAGGUCGGCGACUUUGAGGAUGAGGGGGUGAACAUGAACGCGCUGCUCUCCCGGAAGGUGUUCAUUGGUCGCUGCACGGAAGACAUGUCGGCUGAGGAUCUGCGGGCCUACUUCCAACAGUUCGGGGAGGUCACGGACGUUUUCAUCCCCAAACCGUUCCGAGCGUUCGCCUUCGUGACCUUCCAGGACGGCGAAACGGCACAGAACCUCUGCGGAGAGGACCACAUCAUCAAGGGCGCGAGCGUUCACGUCAGCAACGCCGAACCAAAGCACUACCAGCAGCAGAUGAUGCAACAACAGGGAAACUUCGGGCAGUCCGGGGGCCGGCCCAGCCGCGGGCAACAGAACCAGGGAUACAACCAGUUUGGAAACCAGUUCGGCAACCAGUUUGGGUACCAGAGCCAGCCCAACCAGGUCGGGUUUAACCAGAUGGGGGGGAACUUCAAGGGGAACAGUCCAAACAACAUGGGGGGGAACCAGCAGGGGAUGCCAAAUAACCUGGGGGCCCUCGCGGCAUCGAUCGGGGGGUUCCAGAUCAACCCGGCCAUGGUGGCUGCCGCACAGGCCGCGCUCGGACAGAGCUGGGGCAUGAUGGGAAUGUUAGCGAACCAGGGUCAAGGUCAGCAGCAGCAGGGUCAAGGUCAGGGGCCGCAGCAGGGGAGUAAUCAGAAGAGCCAGAUGGGGGAUUCCUCGCAAGGGGGGUAUGGGAACCAGGGGGGUGCGAGUGGGUACACCAGUAUCGGGUGGGGAGGGGGGAGUCAGAGCGGGGACGGGGCUAGUGGGGGGAUGGGGACGACCCAGGGGGGUACGGGGUACGGCUACCAGCAGGGGGGUAUGAAGGACGGGCCCUCAGGGUGGGGGAUGUGA